AUGCAAAGAGAAGGCCAUCAGCUUCAGAGGGGCAGCCACCACCAUCAGCGCAGUGCUGAUGAUCUCCAGCUUCAGAACAAAGAUCUCAUUUUCAGGAGUCCUCCCUCAUUCACAGAAGAGAGUUUCCAGAAUGACUACAUAGAGAAACUUAAAGUGGCUCAGAAAAAGGUUCUCAAAGAAACCUCCUUUAAAAGAAAAGACUUACAGAUGAGUUUGCCUGUCAGACUGAGGCAGAAAUCCUCUAAAAGGCCAUCAGUUGAGCACGUUCGGUCUUUCUCCUUAUCUAGUGCAAGUGAGGAUGCCAAACCUGUUCCUUGCUCCCCUUCUCAUCUAGAAUCCUUGGAAAGCUUCAAUAGAAGUGAAGAAAUAAGGAGGCCACAAAAAGGUGAUGCAGGGAGAAGGAAAAGGGUAACCCAUGAGCAAAAGAAACUGUGCUACUCUGAGCCUGAGAAGCUCAAUCACCUAAUGGAUAAGGAAGUACCAUGGGGUCAAGUUAGGGAUGAAACCACUGAGCAUGGUACAGUGGCAUCCAGGAGAAGGGAUCUGGAGAACAGAGGAAAGACAUUUUCCAGUUCAACUGUCUCCAGGACAGAGCUGAAACAAAUCCAGCACAGUGCACUGAUCAAAUACAUGGAACGAAAGAUCAGUCAAAGGAGGCGUGCAGAUGUGCCAGAGGUGCAGCAGCACCGUGCCAGCGCUGCGGGAGCCGCCCCAGUUUCCGUGAUCCUGAGAAAGAUCGACCCAAGAAUUGUGAACAUAAUGACACAACUGGACAUCAGGAAAAGUCAUGGAGAUGGACCAGAAGAAUGUCCAAAAUCUGAGCAUGAAACCAAGCAAAGGAGCAAAGAUCCUACUUCCAUGAGAAACCAAGUCCUGAAGAGGAACAGAGACAGCACAAAUGAGCUAGAUGACAUCACAUCUAAGAAACUGGAACUCAUGGCCAGUCUCCAAUCCAGGCUGCAGGCGCUGUGGGAGGAGCAGGAGCUGGUUCUCCUGGAAGUCAGGGAAUGUGCCAGGCGGGGCGAGGAGCUGGAGGUGCUGCUGCGGGAGCUGUGCAAGCCCAAGGAGUUCGAGCGCUACCUGAUGUUCAUCGGGGACCUGGAGAAGGUGCUGAGCCUCUUGCUCUGCUUGUCCAGCCGCCUGGCCCGCGUCCAGAACGCCCUCAGCAGGGUGGAUGGCAGCACGGAGCCUGAGGAGAAGCAAUCGCUGAAUGAACGGCACAAGCUCUUGUCUCGACAGCGGGAAGAUGCAAAGGACCUGAAGGAGAAUCUGGACAGGAGAGAGCGGGUGGUCUCUGGAAUCCUUGCCAAAUACCUGACAGAGCAGCAGCUCCAGGACUAUCAGCACUUUGUUCAAGUCAAGACCUCCUUGCUGAUUGAACAGAAGGACCUCGAAGAGCAGAUUAAAUUUUUUGAAGAACAAUUAGAAAAUCUUGAGCAAAGCAUCCCCAUCUAACACCCACCACCAGGCCAGACAUUUUUAUAUGUUAUAUGUGAUGUUUCCCUGGAAAUCCAGAGGCACUCUCAUCCCAGGGUUCAGUUUGGUGGAUUCUUCCAAUCCUGUUUGUGCCACAGCACUGACAAGGUUCAGAUGCUUUGGGAUGCUCCAGGCACACUCUGACAGCAUCUCACAGUGUGUAGCAAACUGCCUUGUGGACAUGACUGAUAGGAUUCAUUGCUCCUAUUAACUGAAUGUGUAUUCC